AUGUUCCGCACAGCCGUCCUCCGCUCGGUCGCCGCCCGCGCCGCUUUUGCUCCCGCCGUCCGCAGAACGACGCUCGUCGCCGCUCCCCGCGUCGUCGCCCCCAUGGCCCUGCGCGCCGCCCAGUUCGUGCCUGUCCGCAUGUAUAGCGCCGGCGGCGGCCUGAAGAAGGAGGAGGUCGAGGGCCGCAUCAUGAGCCUGCUCCAGGGCUUUGACAAGGUCAACGAUACUACCAACAUCAAGCCCGCUGCUCACUUUGCCAACGACCUCGGCCUCGACUCUCUCGACACCGUCGAGGUCGUCAUGGCCAUUGAGGAGGAGUUCAGCAUUGAGAUUCCCGACAAGGAUGCCGACACCAUCCACUCCGUCGACAAGGCUGUCGAGUACAUCCUUAGCCAGCCCGAUGCCAACUAA